AUGGCGAGGGGUGCGGGUACAGGGGCAGGGGUACUGGCCGGUCUGCGCGAGCGGGGAGGGGGUGAGGCGGAGGGACGAACGAGAGGGGACGCGCAGCAAGGGUGCACGGAGGGGAGGGAGAAGAGCGAAGCGGGCGAGAGGAGCGAAGGGGGCAGGGGCGAGGGGGUGGUGGCGCAAGGCCUGGCAGCCGGUGCAUGCGAAGAUGAGACGAGCGCGCGCAGAGGCCGCGGGCAGCUAGAUCGGGGGGCAGCAGCGGGGCGGCCACGGGAGGAGGCGAGAGGCGACGGCCACGGGCACGGGCAGGGGCAGGGGCAGGGGCAGGGGCAGGGGCAGGGGCAGGGGCAGGGGCGGCGGGUGAUUGUGAUAUCGGGGCCCACAGCAGUGGGCAAGUCGCGGCUGGCGCUGGCGGUGGCGGAGGCGGUGCGGGGCGGCGAGGUGGUGAGUGCGGACUCGGUGCAGGUGUACCGCGGGCUGGACGUGGGGUCUGCCAAGGCCUCCCUUGAGGAACAGCGCCGCGUGCCACACCACCUGCUGGAUAUCCGCGAGCCGUGGCAAGAGUUCACAGCAGGCGACUUUUACGAGGCGGCGUGCACGGCCGUGGAGGGUGUGGUGCAGCGGGGGGGCGUGCCGGUGGUGGUGGGCGGCACGGGGCUGUACCUCGCAUGGCUGCUGCACGGCCGCCCCGCCACGCCCCCCUCCUGCCCCAACCUGGAACGCGCCGUUGCGGGCGAGAUCGAGGCCGCUGUGAUGCAGGCGAGGAGGGCGAGGAGGGGGGAGGGGACGAGGGCGGAUGAGAGGGGGGAUGAGAGGGGGGAUGUGAGGGGGGAUGAGAGGGGAGAUGAGAGGAGCGUAGCGGCGGUUGGUGGGGCAGAAGAGGCAGUAGGUGGGGGUGAGGGGGAUGCAGCAGCGGGAAGGGCGUCAGUAGCCGACGCAGUGAGGGGCGGCUUGGAGAAAGAGUUGAGUGCUGACGGGAGGAUCGAGGAGGGCAACGAUGGUGUGGGUGUGGGGGGAAUGGAGGAGGAGAUGGGGGGCCAGGGCGAAGCAGGGAGAGAGAGAGAGGCGAGGGAGCGGGGGUGGGCGAGCAGGCAGCCGCGUGUGAGGUAUUCGGAGGAGGGCGACUGGGAGGCCGCUCUGGCUGCCCUUGCUGCUGCGGGCGACCCAAUCACAGCAGGCCAGCUGGCACGGAAUGACUGGUACCGGCUGACCAGGGCGUUUGAGAUUCUCAGGGCCACGGGGCGGCCUCGAUCAGAGAUCACCGUGCCUUCCCACGAGGCCAAACACACCUCCCCGCCUGCUGCUGCUGCUGCUGCUGCCGCUGCCUCGUCACCUCCACCUUUCGCCUUCCAUUGUUUCUUCCUGGACGCCCCUCGCCUGCCCCUGUACCGCCGUAUAGAUCGACGCUGCGAAGAGAUGGUGCAAGGCGGGCUGCUGGAGGAGAGUCUGGCGCUGCUGCGAGCGGGGCUGCACCCCGACUCCUCCUCACCCACACGCGCCAUCGGCUACCGCCAGGCCAUGGCCUUCCUGCUGCACUGCCAGCGCCUCAUGGGGCAAGCGAGGACCACUGAGGAGCAAGAGCAACGGGUGGAAGAGCAACGGGUGGAAGAGCAACGGGUGGAAGAGCAACCGGUGGAAGUGGCGUUGCAGGAGGCGCUGCAGGCGGCGCUGUUGGCGUUUAUCUUGGAGUUUCAGCAGGCGUCGCGGCGCUACGCCAAGCGCCAGACCACGUGGUUCCGCUCCCAACCACUCUUCCAAUGGCUGCCCGCUCACACCCCCCUGGACGAGCUGGUGGAGAUGGUGCUGCGCGACUUUGAUGGGUCGACGGGUGGGGAGGGGCAGGCGGGUGGGGAGGUGCAGGCAGGUGGGGAAGGGCAGGGGGAUGGAGUGGAGCAGGGGGGUGGGGAAGGAAGAUUUGGGGCAGAGAGGGAAGGGGGGCAGGGUGGUGUUGGAGGAGGGGGCAGUGGGGGGGCGUGGGAAAAGGCGGUGAGGCGAGAGCAUCGCAGGGGGAGCAAGGAGGAGGAGCGGGCGCUGAAGGGGUAUCGGGCACAGCUGGAGUACGACUCACGACUCUCUCUCACCCCCCCCUCGCAUGCUCUCUGCAUCUUCCACCCUCUCUUGCGCUCGUGCCUGCACUGCACUGUCCUCACCUGCUCUCUUCAGUUUUCGCCUGCUCUCCUCUUUCCUCGCUUGCUCUCAUUUGUCCACCAGUGCAUGGGUGGUGUGCACCAUGCCGAGCAGGCAGUGUCAGACCAGCCGUCCAUACAGCUUACCAAUGCCAUCGAUGCCACGCUGGCGUGGAUUCGAGCCAACGUCACGCCGCACCAACAGGGCUCACAGAGCGAGCAAGGCAACGCUGCUGCUGCAGCAUUUUCUCCGCCCUCGAGCGCAUUGGUCCCCUCACUGCGCUGCGCCAUCUCCUUGCGCAGCACUCCCUGUAAUGUUACCCACCCCUCCCCCCUUCCCCACGUUUCAGUGCAACCAGAGCGCCAUGGAAGUGCGUUAGGCAACGUGUCGGGUAGAGCACGCAUAGAUGAGUCACACGCUGUGCUGCCGUCAAACCAUUCGAGUCGAGACGAGAGCCUCGAUGCAGCCGCAAUAUUGCUGGAAUAUUUGGAAUAG